AUGGUAAAGACCGAUGAAAGGGUUUAUAAAAGUACAGACGCUAUGCAACCUAAUGGCAAGUAUACAUCAGAGUUAGAGGGUUUAUAUCCCAUUGAAUAUCUAAAUCAGCUAACCUUUGCUGGAAUCCCACCUCACACUCUCAAGCUGAAAAUAAAAGCUCCUGUUAUGUUGCUGAGAAACAUUAACCAGAGGGAAGGUUUGUGUAAUGGCACACGGUUAAUUGUUUCACAACUACUUCCAACCAUAAUUGAAGCAACAAUUAUAACAGGAACGUGCACUGGGAAGCGUGUAUACAUACCUCGCAUUAAAUUCGUUCACAACCUGCUAAUCUACCGUUUGCCUUUGAACGAGGAGCAUUACAGGUGCGAAUUCUGCGCAAAUGGAAACCACAGUACCGUCGGCAUGAAACAUGAGUACACCUGUCCCUAUUUAGACGAGUAUCAGAAAGUUCUAGAAAACGAAAUCUAUAUGGAUGUUGGCCUGAUUUCCAUAAUUGUUCCUCUUCCUGACACUGUCACAAUCCCUGCAACCUGGUUCCGGUUUGCCUCGAAAACAGAUCUCCUCAACUUAGGUGAAAACCCGUCGUAUUAUCCAGAUUUCAUUGGCGUGCUAAAAAAAAUGAGAAAUUGCACAAAGCGUAAUGGAGAAGAAUUCGUUCUUCUAAUUCUUGCAGACGAAAGUGGUGAUGAAAUAGCGAUCAGUUUAUGGAAAGAGUGUAUUGAUGUUCGUGAGAAAUUCAGACCUGAAGAGUUGGCAACCCCUCCUGCGACAACAGUUGUUGCCAUUACAAAUAUAAAGCCUUCAUCAAUACACAUAGCAGGUACUUUAAGCUUCACUGGCCCUACACCCCCAACUUCCACAACAUCUGGACCAUUAACAACACUGCAUGAGCUAAACAGCAAGAUUCAUAGUGAACUGGUGGAUAAAACAUUCAAUGUACAAGCUACACUGACAACAAUCACAUUCAAAGACUGCUGGUUCCAAGUACUAUGCACAACUUGCAAAGAUCCGAUUUUCAGGAAAAGCAAUUACUGGAGUUGCAGUGCUCAUGGAAAAACAGCCUCACCCAUAUUCCUGUAUAAACUAAUUACAACUCUGACGGACCCAACGGGCUCUCUAACUACAAUCAUGACCGAUGGCGCGGCUCAAAAACUAAUUGGUGCUACACCAGAAAAACUAAUGGCUGAUGAUCAUGAAAACAAUAAAAAGCUCCCACCAACACUUAUCAAUGAUCACGAGGGCACAUCAAAGACUAUGUCAAUACAAAUGCUAAAAGGCUCUACAACUUAA